UUUGUUCGCUUCCCCGAUUCUAUAAUCAGUUACUUUUGUUUUUAUCUAUUAUUUUAUCGGCUAUUGCUGAUUAUGGAGUCGAAAUAAACUUAUACUUAUACUCUGGAACUUGGUUAAGCAGGGUGUCGCUACUCGAUAACCAGCUUUGGUUCCUCGCGACUUCCCUUCCCCAGCAAAACUGUGUAAUUUUAAUUUUUUUAUAUAUUCCGUAUUCAUUUAUUUUUUAUUUAUUUACUGACUGGAAAAAAUAAACUUGCCGACUUGACUUGAGUUAAAUUUUCGGUGCCGACUUAGCAAAUAACCCUCUUCAGAAACCGCUGGCCUACACGAUUUUUUACAACCUUAGUAAUUCUUGGCAAUUUGACCCAAGAUCUUUCACAUGUCAUCAUAGUCUGACACCCUAACCACUACGCCAGCUCAAACUGUGCUAAAGUUGGCAUAGCCCCAUCUCCUCUGUAUUCUUCAAUCCUAUGCCAUCAAUUCUUUAAACAGUGAUAAUUUUUACUAUUUCUAAUAUAUUUUUACGUGUUAAUCUAAUGCAUCACUGUAUAAUCCUAAUUAUUCUGUUUUUGAUUUUUUUAAUAAUCAGAAAUAAUAGCAUGAUAAUCUCCCAUUGAAAAGCCUUAAAAAUAAUUUAAAAGAUUGAAAUUUGUUUCCGAAGUCUGACGUUUCAUUUUUUGCCGAUGGCAGCUGACGGUGACGGAAAGAACAUCGGGGACAAUAAGUUGGCACCGAACGAAACCAUUGUAACUAACGGCAACGAUACAGCUGCAGAAGAAGAAAUAGAAAAUUUGAACUCAAUUUUGAAUCGUCUAGAAGAGUGCGUCGACACGUUAGACCAACAAGCGUCGACUUUAACGGAUCGGAUUAAAGAAUUUUUACAAGAAAGCGCAGAAGACACGAACGAACCAGAAGGAUCUAGGAAUUCAUAAAACUUUAGUUGCCAGAUUUGGUGUGUGAUAAGGAAAUUCUCGAAUUUCUUUGCCCGCUUUAUACUUCAUAUUAAUAUUUCAUUUUAAAGUGACCGUAUUCAAUUAUUACAUGCCAUUUUACUGUUAUAUUUUUAAUCGCAAAUUUGAAACCAAAAUUAUUUAAACCAGAAGUAAUCAUACCCUAAUAUUCGCUGCCAAUUUUAUCAUCGUAAGUUGCUUCAUGAAAUCACUCAAAUAAUUUGGUACAAAUUUAAAUAAAAGUUUAAAGUUGUAACUGGAUUAUUUAUUCUUCACUUUGCCUGAUCAUCUCGUUUUUUAUUUUAUUUUUUUUUAUUCUAAUCAUGCUAUCAGAAAUCAUAUCAGGCCAUGAGUCUUCGGACUUUACAUUGCUAACUGAUCAAGUAUCUGUUCAAGGUCGGGAUUUAUUUUAUGUUUUCAUGAAUAAUUUUGCCAAAAAAUAUGAUGUAAUUCAUGUAUUUUUAUUUGAAAAGUUGCAAUUUGAGUUUGUCGACCAAGUUUUCACUGGAACGAGAGAUAAAAUCAUUAUUCAUGACUUUGCGAGUGACCCAUUGGGAUGGAACGACCCCAAUAGCCCCAGUAAAGUCACCCCCAAUUUUGAUUUUGUGAAAACAAUAGGGGAUUCCCCGGGGUCGAAAAAUGUUGCUCUUGUUAUUGACUCCUUUACGAAUCUCCUAUGGCAUUGCAAUAUUCAACAAAUUACUUUUAUGUUUCAACAUUUUCAACAAAAUUUUUCAAAAGAUGGUGGAAAAACUACGAUUUUUGGACUUUUACAUCGCGAUUUGUGCGACUCUGCUACGAUAAACUGUUUUGAAUAUUUAGCGAAUAAUAUUGUUGACCUGGUCACAGAAAAAGAAAUUUCUAGCAUCUCUACAAACGACAAAACCAGUGUUCCAAAAUCAUCAAAUUUGUGCAAAAUUUUACACAAAAAGAAACAUGGCAAAGUAGCUGAAUUCAUUGAAAUAUUCUCGAUAGCAAAUGGACUACUAAUCAGCUCUAAACCUUGGGUAGCGGAGAAGCGUAUCAAAGAUGUGGAUCUUUCACAGGGAGGGGAAAGUCCCAUUUUAAAGGAGGAUGAUAAUAUAGUUUCAUCAACUUUUAAUUUAUCUUUGAGCAAAGACGAAAAGGAAGCAAGAAGUAAACUUGUGAUGCCAUAUAUCAAGAAAUCAACACACCUUGAAGUAAAAAUGGAUGAUAGGUCAAAAACAAGAGGUGAGCCAGCCAUAUCUUCAGAAUCAAAAAAAGGAGUGCCCGCACCAUCUUCAGAAUCAAGAAGAGGAGAGCCCGCACCAUCUUCAGAAACAACAAGAGGAGUGCCAGCAUCUGGUUUUAUUUAUUAUGAACCUGAUGAUGCCGAUGACUUUGAUGAAGAAGAUCCGGAUGAUGAUCUGGAUUUUUGAAUUUUUUCCAGAAUAAUAUAGACCAGGGGCGGUCAAAGUUUUUGAACCAGGGGCCAAAAAUUAUGCCCACCUAGACUGAAGGGCCAUGUGAGUGUGACAUAAAAAGUUACAUGUUAGGAACGAUAUUUACAGUGUUACAAUAGCAAAAGCGGAAACUGUAAGUCUUGCACCAAAACUAAAUUUGAUCACAAUCUCAACAAACUCCCAGGCGGGCCAGAUUAGUUUGCCCAACAGACUGGAUUUGGCCCACGGUCUUCCCAAGUCUUUUUAUUAUAUUAGUGGAACUCUUAGUACAAAAGUUUUUUUCAGGGUUUGGGUCGGGUUUUCGGGGGUUUAUUGCUGAUAAUGUAGAUUAAAUAUAAUAUCUGACAUCUUUGUCAAAAUAAUCCUAUGUAAAGCUGUUGCAGUAUCGGGAAGCUUCCAAUUAUUUUAUUAGUACUGUUUUCUCUUAUAGUUUGUUGGCAUGAAAUCUUGCUUUGAGCAGACUUGUAUACAAAAAAAUAGUGUGUGUUUCACUAUGCCAGGAGUUAAAAAACGACGACUCGAAGCAAUUGAACCAACCCACAAUACUGCUUCGAAUUUUUAAAAUCAUUGUGAAAUAACAUAGUAGCCUAUAGAGAUAUUGUAUCAUUAUUUUUUCAUUCAGUACACUUGUGAUUGGCGUGAUGUGUGCUUUGUCCUCUGUCCAUUUCGGAUAUUUUUAUGAUUGCUUUUAUUUUCUCAAACUAGGAGUAAAACUCAUGACUUCUCUAUAUGGUAAGUCCCAAAUUUUGGUUUUAAACACCGGAAGAAAUUCUUACCCAGGAAACCUAAAAAUUCGACUCGGACUCCAUUUCCAAAAUACAACAUGCAGAAACUUAAAACUUUGGCCCUCUUUAAUCCCCUGUUAAGAAUCUCAAGUCUGCCCAAUGCUCUCUAUUGCCACCACUGUUAGUGGUCAGAAAUUCUGACCCCUGGAAAUAAGAUUCCGGCCUGAACUUUAAUAUGAACAUAUCCGACUUUCAUCGCACAGUGGUGUUCAUUGAUUUUAACAUUUUUUUGUUUGAUUUAGA